AUGGAGGCGGCGCCCCAGAGCGAUCUCGUCGCCAUGGAUUCGGCCGAGGAGGGCGACGAGGACGAGGAGGAGAGCAGCGAGGGGCUCGAGGAGCGCGACGGCCCUUCUGAGGAGGACCUGCGGAUCGAGGCACUCCGCGCGCAGCAGGCCGACUCCGGCGGCGCUGGCAGCAGCACUGCUGGGUCCGACGCGGCGGCGCAGAGCGCCGGCGCUGCGGCCAGGGCCGACGGGGCCGCCGCGGACGGCGAGCCGGUGCACUCCGUGUACGUGGUGCUGCCAGAGGGCUUUGAGGGCAUACCGAUCGACGUGAUCUUCGACGACGCCACGCAGACACGCAUCCUGGACACGUGCCGACGGUCGCUCGGGCAUGACGGGUUCCGGCGCCUCUGGCCCUCUGGGCGCCGAGACUUCCUGGAGGCCAUGCGGCGGGGACUCGAGGAGUCCGGCAGGGGCACGGUGGCCCGCGCUCUUCGGCUGGGCCAGGCCCGCGCCCUCGUGGCCAGGCUCACAGAUUUCGUGGCCGCCGAGCUGGGCGUGGACCGCGAGGGCGCGGCGCUGGUCGCUGGCGGACCCGCUGGAGAGGGGGGCGGUGCAGGAGCUGGCGCUGGCGGCGCUGGAGGGGCGGCGGAGGGCGAGCCGGACGCGAACGCCAGGAUAUACUCCGUCCUCUUCGUGCUGCCGGACGAGAUGCGGGACAUGCUCGACGUGAUCCUGCCCGAGAUCCUGCCGCGCAUGGUGGACGUCUGCCGCCGCCACCGGGACUUCCAGAUGUCGUGGCCCGCCGGCCCUGCCGAGAUGGAGCGGUCGCUGCGGGAGCGCGUCGCGCAGUCCGGGCGGGGCCCGCUGUUGCACGGCAUGCGCCGCACGCAGGCAGAGGCCGUCCGCGACCAGCUCGCGGACCUCUUCGCCGUGGAGGUGGUGAUGGACCGCGAGGCGGCAGCCCGCGUGCAGGAGCGAGAGCGGCGGAGCCGGCCGCCGCCGCGGCCGCCGCCGACGGCGCUGCUGGCGAGGCUGCCUCCGGGCGCACGCGUGCGCGUGGCCGCCGUGGCCGACGGGGACGGCGGCGUGGCCGCCGUGCAGGAACUCCAGCGCGGCUUCGGCGGCCUCGGCGAGGAGGCCCGGGCCUGCCUGGGCCGGGAGGGCGUCGUGGCGGCCUACGCCCCGGCGGAGCACAGUGCGUGGGCCGUCCGGGUCACCUGCGCGCUGGACUCCGGCUCCUGCAGCUACAGCUGGAACCCAUCGAACGUGGCGCUGCUCCUCCCCGUGGAGGCCGAGGCCGCAGGAGCUGGCGAGGGCGCGGCCGCCUCCGCGGGCGGCCAGGCGUCCUCGGCGGCCGCGGCGGCGCAAGAGCGGUGUGCGGAGGUGUUGCUCGCUGGCGGGGACGACCUGCUCGCGGGCGACCCGGCCAUCUUCCACCUGGACGGCGUCUGGCAGGCGGGCCGCGUGGUGGCGGUGGGCAGCGAGGACGCCCCGUGCACCGUGACCGCGGUCGACGGGCACACGGAGCACAGCGUGAUGCGCCGGCACGUCCACGCGGUGGUCGCGCUCGAGGCUCCCCCGGAGGCGCUCUCCAUUGGCGCUGUGGUGCAGAUCACCGCCAGCCUCGAAGAGGCCCGGUCGAUGCAGCGCGGCCGGUGGUCGGACGAGCUGGAGAGGUGCUUGGGGCAGAGAGGCACCGUUGUGGAGAUUAGAGACCACCACCGCGUGGUCGUGAACUGCCCCUCCCUGGCCACGAUCACGACGUGGGCCACGCCCUGCCUGAGGAUCGACCGCUCCCAGGGCCUGCUCUGUCUGGACCUGCACGACCACCCCCUGUGGUGGUGCUCCGGCCUGGCGCGGCCAGGAGCUUGCGCCGCGUGCGGCGAGGCCCCCACGGAGGCCUUCUGCUGCCUGCGGCCCGGGAGCGACGCUCGCGUCUGCGGCGCAUGCGCCGCAGCGUACGCGCCGGCUCCGGGCGCCCUCGCACAGGUGCACAGCCGGCACCACCUCCGCCCGCUGGUGCGGGCCGCCCUGCCGCGGGGCCUGGCGCAGGGCAAGUGGCCGUGCGCCGGGGAGCUCACGCCGGGAGGCUGCAGAGGCGCCCGCGCAGUUCGGGCCGCCGCCCAGCCCGUGGACGUGGUGUGGGCGGACGUGGAGUGUGAGUUUGUACUGUGCAGCGCCUGCCUGGAGGACGAGGCCCUGGGGGAGGCGACGGAGGAGACCCGAAGGGCCGACCUCGAGGGCCUCCCGCGGUCCGCCCCGCGCAUCGCCGCAGCGCUGAGGAGGCACCCCAGCGAGGUCUUCGCGCUGGCCGAGGCUGGCCUCUUCACGAGUCUGGCCGCGAGCCUGGCCGACGACCGCGGCGCCCGAGGGCUGGCGCUCGACCUGGGCGCGUGGCUGGCGGCCGCGCCUCCGACGCGGGCGGACGUAGGCCCUACGUUGGUCGAGACCGAGGAGGGCACGUGGGCGGAGGCGCACGUGGUGUCGGAGGAGGCCGACGACUUCGGCGGCACGUGGACGGAUGAGAAGGAGCCCGGCAGGUGGAUCAGGUCCAUCGAGGGUGACACCAUCUACCCCGCGGUGGUCGGGGCGGAGGCCAGGGGCGCCGCGGUGCUGGAGGUCAGCGGGUGCGGCAUCCCCGAGUUCAACGGCCAGUACGUGCCGGACGGCACCAAGAACAACCGGACCAAGUUCCGGAAGGCGUGCGAGGGCCUACAGACCUGCAACUACAGCGACGGCUCUUGGUACCUGUGCCACAACCACAGCGGCUCCUGGUACGAGUGCCGGGACUCCUCGGCGUACUCCGCGACGCCUCCGAGCUCGGGCUGGGUGGUCGGCGAGCGGGGCCAG